GAAAGCAAUAUGGCGACAUAGCUACUGGCAUAGUUCCGAUGAUACGAAGAUGAGAUGACGAGCUCGAGUUUUAUCGAUGGGAGACAUCAGCUUGACCGGUUUUGCCGUCAAUAUCUUCAAGUGCUGCAGGACCUCGAGUAUCCUUCCGGAGAGAACCUCCGAAAUUAUGAAUUCCAACAGGACAUCUACAAUAGAUUGUUUGCAGAUGACGCUGCCAAACAUCCAUCUCCAGCAAGGUAUCGGGUUCGAGUCUUGAAAGAGCUUGUCCAACGCAUCGAGGCAAGCAUCCAAGAUUGGGACAAUGAGGCUGUCUCUGAUGAUAUUAUGUCCUGUCUUUCUUCCUUGAUUGCCUCAGGUGCUCCUUCUGAGGCUGUAUCUGCACAGCAAAAGGCCUAUGUUACUUGCUCUCUUGCAUUUCUUUCUUCCUCAUCUGACUUUGUGCCUACAAUUACUCUCCUUGAAGCCCGAAACUUGAUUGCUGCUGCUGGUACAACUGGACUGCGGACUUGGGAAGCUGCUUUGCACCUCGGGAAUUACCUCGCCCAAAAGCCAAAUCUCGUCCAAGGUAAAUCUGUGUUGGAGCUAGGAGCAGGCACAGGUUACAUUUCAAUCCUGUGCGCGAGAUAUCUCGGUGCAAGCCACAUAGUUUCCACUGAUGGUUCCGAUGAUGUCCUUGCUGACCUUCCAACAAACUUUUACCUGAACGGUCUCCAGGAAUCUUCCAUAAUCGAGGCCAAGGAAUUGAGAUGGGGGCAUAUCUUGAUAGGUGGCGAACAACCAGAAUGGAACGGGGGCAGAAAGAUCGACCUUGUUUUGGGAGCCGAUCUUACCUACGAUACAACAGCAGUCAGAGCUCUUGUCGCUACCUUUGGAGAUCUGUUUGAACUGUUCCCUGAAAUACACAUAAUCAUCGCAUCCCCAAUUCGGAACGAGAAGACUUUUCAGACUUUCUUGGAGACGUGUCGAAGGAAUAAGUAUGGUGUCGAGGAGAUUGAAUACGAGAUACCAAAGCCAGAACUCCAGGAAGGACCGUUUUACUCUGACGCUGUCCCCAUUCACAUAUCUCGAAUCACAAAAUCAUAAUUUAUGCUCA